AUGGAUAAAGAAUCCAAACGCACUUGGAAAUGUCCCGAAUGCCGCAACAAGCAACCCAAAUUAGAUAACACUAACACGCCCAUUCGUGCGGUCAUACCGAACUCGGAGUCCAUAAAAGUAGCUUCGGGUCACAUCAAGUCACCUGGAAAUACGAAUGUUACUGUUAGAUAUUCUAAGCAGAGGCAAAUAAUUGAAUACCUUGACACGGGUAUUACUCUUGAGAGUAUUAGGGAAACUAUUAAGGAAGAACUGAUGAGUAUUGUGAAUGUACAGAUAACGGAAGAAUUAAAAGCUAUUAAACAACAAAUGUCUCAAUAUCAGGAAUCAAUUACUUUCAUGAGCAAACAAUAUGACGAUUUGAAGUCUUGCAUAGAAGAAAAAUCAACGCUUAUUUCUAAACUUCAGGUGGAUAACGAGUUUCUGUUCCAACGUGAUUCUGUUCUCGCUGCGGUUAUAAAAUUCAACAAAAGUAAUGUCAACGACAAAUUGAGCUCGCAUCACCUUGGAUUGGGAGGCUCCCGUGUACCAAUCUUCGUCGCCGAACAUCUUACACCUAGCAAUAAAGCCCUACACGCUGCUACUCGCAAAAAUGCAAGGAGCUCAACUAUAAAUUUGUAUGGGUACGCAAUGGCCGUAUUUUUG